UGGACUGCAGUAGCCCGGCAUACGCCGCCGCAGAGGGACGUUUCCACAAUCCGCGGUAUUAAAAAGCUCGUGGCCGGUCGUGUUACGCCAGAAAAAAAUUUCCCAGUCAUUUUUUUCCACCCCGUACUUGCCUUAGACACGACCGACAACGAGAAUUGUGUGAAAAGUGUCUGACGAUUCCUUCGAACAAAUGAGAAAGUGGAAGCUCGAAAAAAAAUUGAUAAUCAACCCCCCGUCAAGUGAUACAAAAUAAUUUGUGGAUUGUUUAGGUCAAACGUCGAGGUGCAUUUGUGGGAGAUAUCACGAUGACGUAAUAGCAUCGAUUGUUGUUAAUAAAUCGAGACAACUGAGGGUGGAGAAGUCGAGCGGUGACAGUUGGGAUUUAAAAAAAUUUAAUUUGUCCUGGUGUUAAGUGAUAGGCAAAUGUGCCUGGUGAUCAGUGCUAGAUAGUGGUGGAAAGGGCCUGGGGGUUCUGAGGCCAAGGGACGAUCGAGGGAACGAUGCGGGGGCACAAGAAGAGGGCAAGUCUGCCCAAUUGUUGCUCGUUGUUAUAGGGGGUACUCUUCCAGAAUUUACAUUAUUGAAUAUUUUCUGUCUGUGUUGUCGGAGAGGUUCACUGUGUGAAUGUGUGUCAGUGGGUUAAGCUGGUUUGUUGAUGCAUUUAUGAUUUAAGGAUUAUUUCGUUUGUUGUUUUGAAUGGCUGUCGAGUGAUGGGAGAUAUAGAUAUAAGCGAAUUUCCAAGUUACUUUAGGAAUAUUUUUAGAAUUGAGAGGCUCAAGGGAAUUUAUUAACGAACGGUAAUUAAUUGUUGAUGACAUUUACGAAGAGCAAGCACAGAGCGAGACACAAAAUAAAUGAACUUUACAAAUUCACGUUCCAUGCAACAUUUUGUCAACUGUAGAUAACUAUCCACGUGUACACUGACAGAAAGAAUUAAUUGUUAUUGAUAAAUGGAUUUAGUUGGAAGCUAAAGUCUGUUCGAUCUCACCAAACGCUCAUUCGUAAAUAGUUAACAAAUACACAUUUGAAGAAGCGCGUUUAACUCGACUUUCACCCUUCAAACAACCACGUUAACUAUUCUCUCGUUAAUUAUUAACUAAUAUUUCCACUCGGUCACAUUCAACCGUGCCAUUACUUAAUAGUUAACGAAUCUUAUUCGAAAUAAAUUAAUAAUUCCAUCAGUGUGCCUAGCUCGGUGCGCAGGAGGGGGGGGGGUGAUUAAAAUCUCCAACAGAGGCCGGAAAAUGGUUGAGUACAAUGAACGCGAAAUGAUAGGAACCUUUUGAAUCUAUUACUAAUGUUAGAGUCAUUACAGGUCGUACCAGAAAUCGAGGAAACGAAAAUUUAGGAAAUUUAGUUUUGCACCUGAGUCCGUAAUGUUUAGAAAAUAGACUACAUAUCGGCCAAUUAUUAGUCACAUUUUACAUUAUUAUUAAUUUAUUCACAAUUAUUAAUUAUAUUUGACAAGGGGAUUUCGCACGUCGUCAUUAGAAUUCGUAAAGUUUGUAAUUUAUUUAAUUCAGCGAGAGAUAAUUCUCUAGAUGUUUUCUUCUGAAUUUUUUUUUUCUAAAUGUGUGAAUAGCACAACCAUAGAAUAGGGGGAAUGGGAACAAAUUAAUUCCACAGAUUAUUCAUCAUUUAAUUCGCACAAGGUCGUAGAAGACAGAGGGAGAGAUUAACAAAAGGAACCGACCUCUGAGGAUCUCCGGCGCAACCAUCACUGCCCCUGUUCACCAAAAUGGCGGAAGAGAAAGAAGAGACGUUUGCAGAGAAAAUGCUGUUCUACACAACAGCGUUCUUCAUCCUCCUUGGCACCUUCAGCCUCUUCGCCUUCCUCUUCUUGGUCCCCUUCGUUAUCGAUCCUGCGUUAACCACAAUAUCCAUGGAUUUUGAUGAGAGACCGGCCGAGUGCAUUACCAUCGACGUUGAGUCAAGAAGAGGUGCGAGCAAUUGCUCAUGGACCUCGUGUAGAGAAGGUUGCACCAAGGAACUGUAUGACUGUACGCAAAUACGCGUAAAUUACAAGUUACCUCUUAAUGUAACUGACGAAGACAGGAUUGGUGGAGAUGAGGGCAGGGCGGGAGGAGGUGUCGAGGGUGACGAGGCCCGUAUGAAGCCGAGAUACCAGCGGUCGCCGAGGGAUUACAAUUACAUUGAAGACCUCGACGAUGAAUUCGACGAUGAUGACAUUGGCCUGCCAAAACCCUUUCCCACAGGUCUCAUGGGGAACGACUCCGAGUGGUAUUUCACUGGCGCUAAGCUGUUCCCCAAUAUUAAGGGAUGUGGAUAUCCGCCCAUACUGAAUUGCAGUAUUUUCUACAAGCAGUAUUCGAAUAUUGGACAGAAUUUUAGUUGCUACUACUCGAGAGUGGAUCCGGGAAUUGUCAUCAGUGAUCUUGACAUGUGGCAGGUCUACAUGAAUCUCGUAUACGCACUGGCGAUACCAAUUCCAUCGUUCAUAAUUUCGGUGAUAUAUCUCACGUUUGCCUACUUCAAAAUUUACAACGAAGAGGAGGAAGCCCUCGUAGAAAAAGAUGGUGGAGAGGAGGGGGAGGACGGUGAUGGUAGUAAUCCAACUCCAUUACCACCAACAAGCGGGGCCAUUACACCAGGUAGCGAGACGUUUCGAGAGGAUCUCGCGAGUUUUGGUCAUCAGCUGAAGGUCGCUAUGGCUGACGAGGUCAGCAGGGAAAGCCUCGAUGGAAUACCAAAUUCCAUCUCAGCACAGGGGACUGAAUUGACAUUUGGAUUUUUGGAAAUCAAAAUAUCCAAACAAAACGAAACCGAGAAACUUGAGCAAGACGAUGACGACGAGUAUCUUGACUCCCCCUGGGCCGACGGCAGCAGUCUGAAACGACAUUUUCAGGGGCUGAACAAUAUUUCGUGGAGGCCCCACUAGAUGAUCAUCGCUGACAAGUCGCAAUCAAGAGUCGUAUGGACAUCAGCAGUGAAUUGUUUGCGACUAACGCCACUUUUUACAUCAAUACUGCAGGCCCCUGACUUUCUGCUACUAACAACGGUCAGGGUGAACCAGAAACUCUCGAUAAUACGUGAGGCUCGAGAUUAACAAAUGCUCAAUAGAUUAAACAUCUAUUUUAUGUCCAAUUUGAAACAUCCAAACAAGAUUCUUCUUUUAUAACAAAACUCCUACGAGUAAAUUUUCCAAUUAUUUUAUUUUUUACGCGAACACCUGAUGAACUAAUUUCAUCAAUUUUAAGUCGUCAAAGAGUUAUCACAUGAUUUUGAAACAGGAGGUAUUGAAAAAUUACGGAAAUUCAUAAUUGAAUAAUUCUGGUUCACUUCAGUGGAAUAAAUCUAACAAUAAAUUAUGAGAAACAAGAACAAAUAUUGGAGGAUGGACUCGCCCCGUGGGAGCCACAAAGUAGGAUAAAUGUUGAUAAAAAUUUCUAGUUAUAAAUGAAACAAAUUAAAUGAAUGAAGGUGAGAAAUUUAAUAAUGCAAAAAUGGUAAUGAUGAAGAUAAUAGAAAUUAUUCGCUUAUUGUGUUAUCAUGACGCAUCUACACGAUUGCAUUUUAGUAGUCGCCGUAAUACACAAUUUUCACCCGUCCCACGUUGAUAUGAAAAAAAAGAAAAAUUGAGAUUUAAAAAAAUCAAAUAAGACUUAACAAAACUUCUAAAUUGACGUGAACGCAGAAAGUCUUAUUAUUUGUUUACAAUUUUUAUAUAUGCAAUGCAAUAGCCGUGAAAUUUUGAAUCGAGCCAACGUAGUUGUUACUCAUUUUGCGAGGAAAAGGGAAGAAGUCAAGAGGAAAAGGUCACGUAAGCCUUUUCUAAGGUUGAUGAAUUUCGUGACCAAGAUCUGUCGAAUUUUUUCGGACAUAUUUAUCAUAUCUAGCGUAAAUAUUUCCCUAAAAUUCAGUUUCUUCACUCAAAAUUAGUGCAAUGCUGGAUACGAUUUGUUGAAAAAAAAUAGGGAGCUGACAAUUUGACUCACCUUUUUAGAGACAUUUUGUUAGAAUAAUUUAUCGACUCAUUCCAGAGAUGUAAAGGAUCAAUCGGGAAAUAUCCUGUCUGCAGGAUAAUGGAAUUAUUGUAUAGAAAUCCCAAUUUAUCGCUGUUAUCACAUCGUCACAGAUCUCGAGUGCUACUCAGCCAGAUAAUCUCGCGAACGCUAAUUUAUUCUCUAUCGCCGUCCAAUAACCAGACUGUCGCCGCCAAUAAUCCAUUAAUUUGCAUUUUUUAUUUGCCCAGUGCAAUUGAUAAGUCAGAGUUGCACUUACGGAAGGAUAAAAAAAAUACUCGGAACAAGUGUCUGGUCUAAAAAUCCCCAGUUCAAAUUCAUCAUCCCUAAAAUAGGCUUCGAAUUUACAACAUGAUAGUUGCUAAAUUCCGAGUUAAAUUGACGCAGAGAGGAAUGUAAAUCCCCAAAACGUGCACAAUAACGAUAGAAACACCUGAAAUCCGUGAAAUACGUUCUACGCAAAAAAAAAACCUGAAACAAGAUGAAGUAAAUAAAAAUUGAUUGAAUUGUUUUUAUGAAUUAAGAACAAGGUGUCUGUGAUCUACAAUAAUUGAAAAAAAAAUGAAUAUGUAAAAAAAAUAUUGACAAGUAAAAAACAUAUAUUAUAAUAAUUGAUAAUGUACAUUAAUUCAGUCUUGAAGUCCACCAUUAAAAAAUGACGUAUCGAAAUGGAGUUUGAGGAUAGGGAGAAGAUUAAAGAUGACGAGUGCAAAAAUCUUGUGACAAAGUAUAAACAGAAGUUCGAAUCAAACGCCUCGUUUAAUAGUAUAAAGAAUUUAAUGAAAAUUAUGGAGAUGAAAUAAUGAGGAGUAAUGUUGUAAAACGUGACAAGUUGAAUAUAUUUUUGUUGAUAAUAUCCAAUAGUUUUUUCCUUCCUUCAGGUUUUAUUAUUUAAUGUCGGUGUCUCUAUAAAUCAUUUGAGGAAAAAUAUAAAUUGAAUGACCCUGAACAUUCCUCAUUUUUUACUUUAGAAAACGUGGACUCACACUCGAGGAAAAAUAAAAUGAAUCAACUUGUUACGUUCUGCCCAUUGAUGCCGGGGAGAUAAUUAAAAUUAAUUUUAAAAAGUAAAGAUAAAUAAACCAUCUUUUCACUGCUGUUAUUGAAUCUGUGCUACAUUGCAAAGUAAAGAAAGGGCGAGUGCUCAUUGCGCUGAAUAAAUUGCUGAAACGAAAACCAUAAAAGUUGCACUUUUCCAUCACAAUAAAUGAAAAAAAUUUUUAGGGAAUAAUUAAAUUGAUAGAAAUGGGAAAACAUUGAAUAAACACCAAUGAAUCAUUCCUUCCACCCGCUCCGGCCGUCAAAUUAAUUGUCCACUUGGUUUAGACUGCGUUUCAUGUCAAAUUCAAGUAAAAAAAUCAAUUCGUUAUUUCGAUUUGUUUUAUUACGAUCAAAUGGAUCAGAUAGCUGCAAAUUUGUAAUAAAUGAUGUGGAACAUUUUUUUUACGAGACUUCAAUAAAACGCACCUAACAGUAAAUAAACAAAAAGAAUGCCACCGCCACUGAACCAAUUGUUUUAUGAGUGUUAAUGAAAAAAAGAAAAAAUAUAUAUGAAAUAAUUUUUGUACUGUUUUGGCACAUAUGCGACACAUGUAAUGCUGUCUCAACUUUAUAUUUAUGUACAACAUUCAUGAACUCCAUCAAUUAAUUGAUUGUAAAUGAUUUUUUACUGUUAAUUGUCAAAGAAUGGCUGGAUUGUUUAUUUUUUUUUCUCGUCAAGUGGAAAAACGUGUAAACGGCUUUUUUCUGCGGUUCAAAAAUAAAAUGUUGUCAAGCUUU